AUGUACCAACCAGACCUGCCCGCCGUCAGCCACCCGCCGCUGCCACCAAUGCUGCCUGCCCCGCUACCGCCACCGACGGUAGAUUCCGGCGACGCCGCCUCGCUCCCGCUGCGAAACAACCUGGAGUUUGUCGAUGUUGGCGACGAAGUGCACCUGGCCACCGAGGACGACGCCGUCGAGCUCGAAGCCACCCAGGAGUCGUUGGACCCGCUCGCUGGACAACACCCGGAACAGUACCUGACGAUGCUCACGCCGUUGAAGUCGGUGUUUGGCGACGACACGCCGGCAUCGACCCUGGCGCCGGGGCUGGCCACCGGCCUGGUGCUGGGGAAGACGCUUCGCCUGACUCCGGGGAUUAGCAUCCACUCGCGGUUUGACACCACCGAUACCUCUCUGGCCAAUACCCCACCAGUGUUCAAUCGUAUGACGACGAGCACCCCGACCCCUCAACUGAGCAAUAUCAAGUUAUCGGCGGAUGACAUGAGCCCGUUGGACCAGAGCAUCAUGAAGGGUCUAGAUGACCUCGACUUCGAACAUUUAAGUCACGACGAAGCCUUCAGCCAGGUCAAAGUGGACGAAACCGUGGACUUAAUGCCCGAGCUGUGCGUCAAACCCGUCUAUAAUGCCAAUCAGCUUAAAGAGACGUUGAAACUGCCGGUAGACAUCUACGGAUUCAAAAAAGUAUCCAACUUGCUGAAGUUCACCGCUAAGGAGUACAACAGUUGGUACGAAACAUAUGCCCAGUACAUGAUGCGGCGUCGCCAGAAGUGGGAACACCUACUUCGACACAACGGUCUUCUGUUCGAUCAUGAUAAACCCCCGCAGAGAUUUCCCCCAAAGUCCGAUAAGGUAAAGAAACUCAUUCGCCGAGGAAUCCCUCCUGAAUGGCGGGGGAAUGCCUGGUUUUUUUACGCCGGCGGUUAUGAAAAGCUCAACAAACACAUUGGCGUCUACGAAAAGAUUGUCAAGGACACUCAGGGCAUUCAAAAUAAGGAUACCGAAGUCAUCGAACGUGACCUUAACCGGACAUUCCCAGAUAAUAUCUACUUCAACGAGAAUUGUCUCUCGCUGGGGACACUGUCCCCUAACGAUCUGCCUGGACCCGAGACCGCUAUGAUCAAGGCAUUGAGACGGGUGCUUGUGGCUUUUGCUCACUACCAACCGCAAAUCGGCUACUGCCAACUGUUAAACUUUUUGGCGGGGCUUUUAUUGAUAUUUAUGGAUGAGGAACGUGCAUUUUGGAUGUUGGUGAUUUUGACCGAGCGCAUCAUCCCCAAAGUGCACCUGGCGAAUUUAGAGGGUGUUCACACUGACCAAGGGGUUCUCAUGCUUUGCAUCAAGGAAUACAUUCCUCGAAUGUGGACAAUGUUGGGUAAAAACAUGGAGGGAGAACAAGUGAGCGAAGACAAGAUUCUUUCUCGACUUCCCCCAGUGACGUUAGUAACAUCACUGUGGUUUAUGCUGGUGUUUGUGGGGAUUAUGCCGAUUGAAACGGUACUUCGAGUUUGGGACAUUUUGUGGUACGAAGGAUCUAAGACAUUAUUCAGAAUCUCGCUCACGGUGUGCAAUAUGUGCCUCGAACAAGACCAGUUUCGGUCCUCGUCGCAGAAUAUCGAGCAAAUCGAGUUGUUCCAGUUCAUGCAAAGUUAUCCCAAGCUGAUACUUGACCCUAAUCAAUUGAUCGAUAAUUGCUUCAAGAAGAUUGGCGGUUAUGGGUUUGGCUCUCUUUCCCAAGACGAAAUCAACAACUGUCGUGAAUUUGUUAAGAAACAACGAGAAAAGAUUAACCAACGCAAACUGAAAGGACUCUUGUCUGAUAUGAGUGCUGAGGAACAAAAGACGCUUAUCGGUGAUGAAGAAAUUCACGACGUGUACGGAUUCAACCGCAGCUUGAUGAGCGGCGUAGUUUGGAACCGACAAAUCAGUACGAAGAUGAAGAAAAAGUUUGCUAUGAAAAAACGAUGA